UCACUGAAACCACUGCAUUUCAUAAAGCUAUGGCGACACACACUCCUCUCUCUCCUCUCUCCUCUCUCCCCAUAUAAGUGAUGCUAUAACUAAAGGACAAUAGAGACAUGGAGAAAGGAGCAUAGAAACCCCAAGCUGCUCCAGCUACCAAAAAGCCAUUUCUUUCUUCUUUCCCAUACACAAGCCUCAGCCUCAGCCUCAGCCUCAGCCUCAACCUCAACCUCAACCUGAAGAAGAAGAAGAAGAAGAAGAAGAAGAAGAAGAAGAAGAAGAAGAAGAAGAAGAAGAAGAAGCGCUUCUCUGCAGAAAAGCCUGCAAUGACUCUCUCGCAAAACUGACUGGCCUGGAAUUGGAACCACAUGCUAUUGGGAGCUGUAAUUUGUCGAAAUAUCAGAUUAUUCGUCUGACUUGUAGUAGCUGAAGAUGAGUUGGAACCCGCAUAUGGGAGUUCAUUACCCCUACAACAGCUGUCCCUACAGCACGGUGGGUAGCUUUAUGGACUAUGUUGAAGGCCUCACCUACGAACAUGUGAACUUUAUUUUUUCAGGGGAUUCACAUGCUCAGGAGAGCACUUACCCAUCAAUGAAUACGAACUAUUACAAGUUUGGGUUAACUGAACCUGGGAAUACUUCAUAUUAUGAUCUUGGUUUUCGUCAUGCCUAUGAGUUCAAUGAUCCUGUCUCAAGAAGUGGUGAAGAAACAAGGCCUUUGCAGUACUCGUCAACUAUUCCUAAUGAACAGAAUGUGGCAAGGGAUCCAGCAUGCGAAGGAAGUGCAAACACUUCCACAUGUGACAACCCCAGAGAAUUAUCCUCUUAUAUUUCAGCCCCUCGAAGAUAUCAGAACUCCCAUGAUUAUCAGGUUAUUUUGGAAGACAACAUUGAUCCUGAUAGCAUGACUUAUGAGGAGUUACUAGAAUUAGGUGAGGCAGUUGGAACUGAAAGCCGAGGUCUUUCCCAAGAUAUGCUUUCUUUGCUUCCAAUCUCGAAGUACAAGUGCAGCUUUUUCUCAAGAAAGAAAUCACGGAGUGAGAGGUGUGUUAUUUGCCAGAUGGAAUAUAAACGAGGGGAUCGGCAGAUCACUCUACCGUGCAAACACCUCUAUCAUGCUGGAUGUGGAACCAGAUGGCUUAGCAUGAACAAGGCUUGCCCAAUAUGCUACACCGAGGUAUUUGGUAAUGGAUCGACGAGCAAGAAGUAGUUCUGAUUUUUAAGAAGAGGAGCCUUCAUAUACUGUUCUUUUCUCUUCAAAUUUGGUUUAUAUAGAGAUGUUUUUCUUUUAUUGUCCACGCUGUUUUUAGAAGCACUUGGUUAGGGUAGUGUUUGGAAGCAUGAAAUGACUUCUUUCAUAAUUUGUCUGAUUUCUAUGGUGCUGAUCCUAGAAACAAAAAGCUUAGCUUCCGAUUUCGAACAUAUUACUAAAAUAGGAAGAUUAUCUUUUUCAGAAAUCUGGUGUACUAUAAUGCCAGAUUAUCUGAACUGUUA